AGUGCCGGGUUAAGAACUCAAUCGAAUCGAAGAAAGUGGCCAUCGUGAAACGGCAUCGAUUUAGACUUAUUGUUCGCUUAACGCCGGUUUUGUUUUUGUGUUUUGUAUUUAGAUUGUUGUAUAUUGGGAAAACAAGUUUAUUCAUUUGGGUGCGAGAUGAUGCUGCUGCUUGAUUUGGACAACAAAGAUGUAUCGAGUGCUAAAAUCAAUUAGCAUACUCUACAAGCUCGCUUUGUUCUGGCCAUUGUUUUGCACAGCAGCCGCCACUUUCCACGCGUUUUCCAUUCCGUCUCCCGCUCUCGCUCCCAAUACGGUUGUGAAUGAAUCGUCUGUGUUCAGCUCCGCGCAGCUGCAGGCCUUUAAGGUCUUCGAUGAGGAACGACCCAACGAGAUAACCGGACGCAGUUAUCUCUGUGUGCCCUUCUUUCGCAUCUUCAACGUUGCGCUGCCGUCGGGCUUCCAACUGUCGCCGGAUGAGGCAGUCGCCGUCAGUGGUGAUCAUCAAGCGUUGGGCGCCUGGAGCAUUACCAAAGCGUUGCCAUUGCGUGCUCAGAACAAGCAGCGCACCAAAUGGUAUCUCCGCCAAUGGAUCUGUGCCAGCCGACGUGUCUACUAUCGCUAUCUCAUCUACACCUUGAAUGCGGAUGGGGAUCGUGUCUUGCGGCGUUGGGAAGCGCAACAGGUGGCGCGCAUGCUGCAGACCUACGAGAUCUAUCGCUCGCCGGGCACGGAUAUCUUUGGCGAGGCAUAUGCUCGCUCUGUGGGCGGUGGCCAGUGGCUGGAACCCGGCUGGCUGCAGCAGGAGUAUGUGAUUGAACUGAAGUUCAUCUGGCAGCAACACUUGCAGCUAUCAGGGCAGAUCAAUCCUGUCAAGCUGCGGCUUAAACUGAAGCCACUUAGUUUGCUGGACAACACGCGCAUUGAGGUCUCUCGCUACGCUUACAAUCGUUCCUCGUUUCGGCUGCAGAGUCGCCAGGGCAUCAGGUACAACGAGGGCGCCAUUGUCAUCUACCGCCUCAGCCAGCCACUGGAUGUGGCCAACGCUUUUCGCUUGUCCAUCUACGAGCUGGAUCGCUCACAGCUGCCUCUUGGUGAGGUAUAUAUUCUGCCGGAGCAGCUGCGCGGUAGUCGUGGUAUUCUACAGCUGGCUGUGCAGCAUCCAAACAGUCAGCAAGUCAUUGGACAGCUCACUUUGCCCUACUUGGUGGUUCAACCUUUGCCCCGUGCUGAUGACAUCAAUUUAAGUGGAAGUUUUCAGCGCUAUUGGCCCAACAAUUGGCCCACCUUGGAUGUAGGCAAUCGUGGACUGGGACUGAGCUACCAUCAGGCGACCACAAGCCUAGUGGAGAACACCAUCGAAAGUUUUCUAGCUGUGUCGAAGGCCAAAGGCGAUAUGGUUCAGCUGGAUGUGCAACUGACCCGGGAUUAUGUGCCCAUUGUGUGGCGUGGUUUUGGCUUCUACACUACGAACAGCGUCAGCUCUCAGCCCAUUGUGGAUCGCUUUGAUCUGCGCUAUGUGCUCAUUCGGCAGCUGAGCUACGCAGAACUCAAAGCGAGUCGUGUCUUUAUCCUCAAACGCUGGAGCUUGCAGGAAUACACGCAUUUGAAUGUACGCAAUGCGAGUCAGUUGCAGCGACUCUUUCCCCGCUUGUCUGAGGUCGCCGACGCACUGCCUCGCAGCUUGGGCUUGAUUGUGGAGAUCAAGUGGCCGCAGUUGAUGGCAUCUGGUGCACUCGAGUCGACGCAGACGCACAACAAGAACAUCUAUGUGGAUAGAAUCAUUGAGACAACAGCAAGAUAUGGCUGUGGUAGACCGCUGAUCUUCGCCAGCUUCGAUGCGGACAUUUGCAGCAUGGUGAGGCUGAAGCAAACAGCUUUUCCAGUCAUGCUGCUGACCACGGGAAAGACAAACAUUUGGGAUGCCUACAUGGAUCUGCGCACUCAGAGCUUUCUGCAGGCCAUCAACUUUGCGGAGAGUGCCGAGAUUCUUGGCACUGCGCCGCAUGUGCAGAACUUUCAGCCCAAUCAGGAGUUGGUUGAUCUCGGCUUGGAUAUGUUGCAGGUUGUCUUUCUGUGGGGCAGUGAUCUGCGAAAUCAAGAGUUGCUGGAGCAGUUUCGUGCCUUUGAUGUGACUGGAUUAAUCUACGAUCAUAUUGAGCGCGUGGGUCCAGCUGAAUGGAAACGCGCUCCAUUCUUCCAGGCGCCGCAGUUGCUGGAGGUUUUUGGUGGCCAAUGUGUUGCCAUUGGAAACUCGACAACUGUGCUGGGAGCGAAGCCCACGAAGCCAACAAUAUGGCCCAAAAUGAGAUAGUUAAUUGGCUGGCGAAACUUCAAUUUCAGCUUUAUUUCAUCCCUGGUCGACAGCCUAGAGAAAACAACUCACUUUCUAGAAAAAAGCAAUCUGCGCUCAAUGGAGAUUAAGAUAAAAAGAAAAAGUGAAUGUGAUGAAGGUAAGGGAAGUGCUGCUGUCGUGUCUGUCGAUAUGUAGAGUGAAUAGCAAAAAGCAAAUACUCGUAAUGUGCCCUUAUCAUAGAUAAUACAAUUCGCUGAUUCGUUGGUAUUUGCAAGAUUGUGGGAGCGGCUGAAAGACACGUGAAAUUAAUUUAAACGUUCUGAUUUUGCUGUGUACUACAUCGAACGAAUAGCAAAUGGAAGAUGAUGAAGAUGGGAGAUUCAAUUUGAUUAUGGCCUUGGCACUUGGGCAUAAUGGAUGAUGGCAUCGCAUUGCCGGUUGGCCUAAUGACAGUUAGCCAACGUUAAGCGGCUUAACCCUACUGCGGUUCACCUUCAUUUCCAGGCACCGCCAAUCGCUCGACACUCGACACUCGACAGAAGGCAGCAGGCAGACUAAUUAAACGCCUUUACCUGAGAGCCUUGGCCAACUAAUUAGAGCAGCUGUCACAGGCGGAGUAAAGUAUCCAGCGCACAAAUAAUUCAAUUAAAUUGCACACUGACAGCAGACACAAAUGAACAACAACAACACCGAGGAGGAGGAGGAGAAGGGGGAGUUAAGGCAAAACAUCAGUUGGCAAUAAGACAAACCGCAGACAGGAGCCACAAACCAAUGUCUAAGCCCUGAAAACCACCGUGUCGAAGCAAAUGCCACAGCAACUUAAUGCAAAUACAGCACCACGGUAAAAGGGCGCAAAACACAUUCUACCCAAUAACCGCAAAUACCAAAAUACCAACUCAAACUCCAGUUGUUUGUGUUGAUUCCAGCAACAAAAAUACUUGAGUCACUCGUAAGGAGCAAAAUUAAGUGGAACAUUAGCUGAAAUUUGCAAUUUACUUACAAUGGUAGUCGCAAAUAACAUUUUAAUAAAAUAAAAUAUA